UGUUCUCGCAUAGAUACACACAUAAACAAUUAUUUCAAAGAUUGUCGCAAGACACUUUCCGUUUAUUGCAUCAUUAUUAUCUCUGACAUCAGAAGUCUGACAUGCUCUACAUGUUAUGAAUUUUAAAUGCAGUAUAAAUUCUCUUUCCACGUAGCAUUGGUGCAAUUUUUGUAAUAAACAGUUAACACAGUAAGAACAGUUGGAAGGCAAGCAAAUACUUAAUAGAACAAGAUGAGCAGUCAGAUGACUGGUUCUCAAGUCAGACAACUCUUUGUAGACUUCUUUAAAGAGAAGGAACAUAUUUAUGUACAUUCCUCCUCAGUUGUACCUCAUGAUGAUCCAACACUUUUAUUUGCCAAUGCUGGUAUGAAUCAGUUCAAACCCAUAUUUUUGGGCAUAGUGGACCCCAACAGUGACAUGGCUAAAUACAAAAGAGUGGCGAAUUCCCAGAAAUGUAUACGUGCUGGAGGUAAACACAAUGAUUUAGAUGAUGUCGGCAAAGAUGUUUACCAUCACACGUUCUUUGAAAUGUUGGGCAACUGGUCAUUUGGAGAUUAUUACAAGAAAGAUUGUUGUGCAUGGGCUUGGGAACUAUUAGUAGAUAGAGUUGGAAUGGACAAAGACAGAUUGUAUGUUACCUAUUUUGGUGGUAAUACAGAUUUUGGAUUAGAACCUGACAAUGAAACCAAAGACAUUUGGAUUAAUCUUGGUGUUGCACCUGAAAGAGUAUUGCCAUUUGGUAUGAAAGAUAAUUUUUGGGAAAUGGGAGAGACAGGACCCUGUGGUCCAUGUACAGAGAUUCAUUAUGAUAGGAUUGGAGGUCGGGAUGCCAAACAUCUUGUCAACAUUGAUGAUCCAGAUGUCUUGGAGAUUUGGAAUCUUGUGUUCAUGCAAUAUAAUAGAGAUGCAGAUGGUUUAACAAUCCUGCCAAGACAGCACUGCGAUUGUGGAAUGGGAUUAGAACGACUGGUUUCAGUGAUUCAAAAUAAGAGUUCUAACUAUGACACAGACCUGUUUGUACCAUUCUUUGAGGCCAUACAAAAGGCUACAGGAGCUGCACCAUACCAAGGUCGUGUAGGUAAAGCUGAUACAGAUGGUAUGGACAUGGCCUACCGUGUAUUAGCCGAUCAUGCUCGAACAUUAACUAUUGCUUUGGCAGACAAUGGGCGACCUGAUAAUAUAGGUAGAGGAUAUGUACUGAGAAGAAUUUUAAGACGUGCUGUCAGAUAUGCCACAGAGAAGUUAGGAGCUAAACCUGGAGUGUUUGCUUCACUGGUUGAUGUUGUUAUUCAGACACUUGGAGAUGGUUUCCCAGAAGUUACCAAAGAUCCAGAAGGGAUCAAAGAAAUAAUAAAUGAAGAAGAAGAACAGUUUUUAAAGACAUUAAACAGAGGCAAACGGUUACUAGAGAGAACUAUUAGAAAAUUGGGAGAUACAAACUCAUUACCAGGUGAUAUAGCAUGGAGGUUGUAUGAUACUUAUGGAUUUCCUGUUGAUCUCACAGGGUUAAUGGCAGAAGAGAAAGGUCUAACUGUAGAUAUGUUAAGUUAUGAAGAAUCAAAGAAACGUUCUCAGAUAUUGUCUCAAGGAACAGGAGGAACUAUAGAUGAUAGGAUCAUGUUAGAUGUACAUUCUAUCAGUGACUUACAGAACAGAGGAGUUCCCCCAACAGACGAUUCACCUAAAUAUAAUUAUACUGCCGAUGAUGAUGGAAAUUACAAUUUUGAACCUGCCACAGGGAAGAUUAUAGCCCUUAGAUAUGAUAAACAGUUUGUAGAAGAAGUAACAACUCCUCAGGAAUGUGGUAUACUCCUAGAUAAGACCUGUUUUUAUGCUGAACAAGGAGGACAGAUCUAUGAUGAGGGAUUUAUUGUAAAGGAAAAUGAUGAGGAAAUAGAAUUUAAAGUGAAGAAUGUACAAGUACGAGGAGGUUAUGUAUUACAUGUAGGACACAUAGAAGGCACAUUACGAGUGGGAGAUGUUGUUCAGUUAACUAUAGACAAUACAAGAAGAAGUUCUGUAAUGAAGAAUCACACAGGUACACACAUGUUAAACUUUGGUCUUCGAGAAGUUUUAAAGGAGGCUGACCAAAGAGGAUCUUUAGUAGCUCCUGACAGACUCCGAUUUGAUUUUACUGCAAAAGGUGCAAUGUCUGUAAAAGAUGUUAAAACUGUUGAGGAUAUUGUUAACAACUUGGCUUCAAAAAAUGAAGCAGUAUUUGCUAGAGAGACUCCAUUAUCUGAUGCCAAAUCUAUACAGGGGUUGAGAGCUGUCUUUGAUGAGGUUUAUCCAGAUCCAGUAAGAGUAUUAUCUAUAGGUAUAUCAGUUGAAGACUUAGUUAAAGAUCCAAUGGGACCAGGGGCUUCUCUCACAAGUGUAGAAUUCUGCGGAGGAACGCAUUUACGAAGAGCUGGACAUAUAGGAAAACUAGUCAUUGUGUCUGAAGAGGCUAUUUCCAAAGGAAUCAGAAGAAUUAUAGCUGUUACUGGUACAGAAGCCCACAAGGCUUGGCAUAAGGUAGCUGUCCUAGAAAAGAGUAUUAAUGAGUUGAAGCAGGAGAUAGACAACAGAUUACAGAGUAAAGAUGUUUCUGUCAAGAAUUUAACAAAACUUAUAGUACAAGUUGAUGAUGAAAUUUCACAGUCAGUGAUCCCCUAUUGGAAGAAAGAUAGCUUGAGAGGUGAACUGAAACCUCUAAGGAAGAAAAUGGAUGACUUGGACAAAGCCAGAAAAGCUGCUGUUAUGGAUGAGGUGGUGCAGGAAACAAAGAAGAUGAUAGAGGCCAGUCCAAAUGAGAAAUUUGUUGUUCAUGAGUUCAAGGCUGGAUCAAUAGCUAAAGCUUUAGAUGGUGCAAUGAAACAGUACAAAGCCCUGAGUCCAGAGACUGCAGCAAUGUUCUUCUCAGUUGACAGAGAGGCCAAUAAAAUUAUAUGUAUGAGCUCUGCUCCAAAGUCAUCAAUAGCUGCCGGACUGAGUGCUAAAGCCUGGGUGACAGAGAUUGCACCACUUAUCAGUGGUAAAGGUGGUGGCAGUGAUGCUUCAGCACAAGCCACAGGUUCAAGUUGUGAUGCUCUACAGGAUGCUUUACAAACUGCCAGAAAAUUUGCUCAGAUGAAGUUGUCAUGACGACAGGAUACUAUUUAUUAGAACAUAAUUUAUUUUUGAGAUUUUUUCUUUAAAAUCAUGUGCAAAAAACAGUCAAUAAUUUGUUAUUUUGAUUUUUGUAAAUUUAAUGCAAAAAGAGACAGUUAUAUUGUCAUUUACUACACAUUGAAUUUAUGUCUUACUUUAAUCUUGCUUUAUGGGUUGGAAAAUUUCAAUAUAUUUUUGUUAUGCAAAUUGUAUGGUUAUUGUU